AUGUCUGACGACUGGGCCCAAAAGUUCGAGACCUUGCAGCUUCAUGCAGGUCAAAGCCCAGACCCUGCCACCAAAGCUCGGGCCGUCCCCAUCUACCAGACCACGUCGUUCACCUUCGAUGACUCGGCCCAUGGCGCGAGGCUGUUCGGCCUCAAGGAGUUCGGCAACAUCUACAGUCGGAUUAUGAACCCGACUGUAGAUGUGCUGGAGAAGCGCAUCGCUGCUCUUGAGGGUGGUGCUGCCGCCGUGGCUGCAUCAUCCGGCCAGUCGGCCCAAUUCAUGGCCAUCUCUGCCCUGGCGCAUGCUGGCGACAACAUUGUCUCAACUUCCAACCUGUACGGUGGCACGUACAACCAGUUCAAGGUCUUGUUCCCACGUCUUGGUAUUGAGACCAAGUUCUUAAAGGAAGAUACGCCCGAAGAACUGGAAAAGGCGAUCGAUGACAAGACCAAGGCUGUCUAUGUUGAGACCAUCGGUAACCCUCGGUAUAAUGUGCCGGACUUUGAAUCCAUUGCCAAGGUGGCUCAUGCAAAGGGCGUGCCUGUGUUGGUGGACAACACCUUUGGUGCGGGCGGCUACUACUGCCAGCCUCUCAAGCAUGGCGCCGACAUUGUUGUCCACUCGACGACCAAAUGGAUCGGCGGUCACGGUACUUCAAUUGGUGGCAUUGUCGUUGACGGCGGCAAGUUCGACUGGGCGGCCAAUGCUAAGCGCUUCCCUCAAUUCAACGACCCUUCUCCAGGCUACCACGGUCUGAAAUUCGUUGACACUUUCGGAGCCAUCGCCUUCAUCAUUCGACUCCGAGUUGAGAUUCUCCGCGACUUAGGCUCGUGCAUGUCACCGUUCAAUGCUCAGCAAUUCUUGCUUGGUGUCGAGACUCUCAGUCUGCGGUGCGAACGCAUCGCGGAGAACGCACUGAAGCUGGCCAAGUGGCUUGAGAGCAAUUCUAAUGUGUCUUGGGUUUCGUAUCCUGGUCUCCAAAGCCACAAGAGCCACGAGUUGGCCAAGAAGUACCUCCCCCGCGGCUUUGGCGGUGUCCUGUCGUUUGGUGUCAAGGGUGGAGGAGCUGCAGGGUCCCAGAUUGUGGAUGGCUUCGACCUGAUCUCGAACCUCGCCAACGUUGGCGAUGGUAAAACAUUGGCUAUUCAUCCCUGGACCACGACUCACGAGCAGUUGAGCGAGCAGGAGCGUGUAGACUCCGGCGUAACAGAGGACCUCAUUCGGAUCUCGGUCGGCUACGAGCACAUUGACGACAUCAUCCACGACUUUGAGCAGAGUUUCAAGAAGAGCAGCGCGGCGAAGACCUCCGGCGGAAAGCCUGACAAUGCCGAAGCUGCAGGCAAAGCGGGCGAUGCCGGACUCAGUGGGAGCACCUAG